AUGGCUCUCAGCAAUGCUGCUCUCAUCGUCAUUAUUCUCGUCUGUUGUCUUUCCUCUGUUUCGCUCGCAGCAGCAAUGUUCGGUCACUAUUCCGUUGCAGAAAAUCCCCAAUGGUCGCCUUCAAACGACCAGAAACGAUAUAUGCGAGAACUGAGAAUAAGGAGCUUCAAUGCUCUUCUGCAAUAUAGUAAUACCAAGGACCAGCGACCCUUGAGACCGGGUCCGUUAUUGAACAAACACGACAGCUUCGCGACAGAUCCAGAAGCACAGUCCUUGGCAUUUGAUGAAUCACAAGCCCGACCACCGACCUCACUGUUGGAAUAA